CUCCCGGCGCCGCCCGCGCGCCCGCCCCCUGCCCCCCCCCCACCCCUUGCCUGGUGCCUGCCCGGAGGCUGUUUUUCCACUGGCUGGUGCGCACCCUCCAUCCCCCAGGUUCUGCCUCUUCUGGAGUUAAACUUUGCUGAGGACACCACCAGCCCCAGGCCCUGCUGGUCUCUCCCGGGCAGAAGCAAAGAGGGAGGGAGCCCGCCGAGGGCACGGGCCGGCCCACAGCCGCCCGGGAGCUCCGAUGUCCUCGCGCCACUUGGAGAGCCCAGCCCCGAGGAGGCCAAGGCCCCUGGUGCCUGCAGCUGACCCCAGAUGAGGACGCUGAGGUCCAGAGAAAAGUCAUGAAGUGUGCUGAGAGCCAGGACCUACUAAACCAGUCCAGAGCCUGAGGUCUCCAAAAUGAAAAGGUUCUUAUGAGCUCCAGGGAUGCUGCACCAGGCUCACCACUGACUGGAGGCCUCUUCCUCCACCCGACCCCAUACCACAGGGUCAAGUCCAAGUCCCUCAACCAUCAGGACACCUGCUGCAGCUUUUAUACCCAUGGGCUAGACACCCUCCAAAUAGUCCUAGGUCCCCCAGCACAUUAGCAGUACCUGGAAUCCCAAAGGGAAAGCCAGUCAACAGCCCACAGUCCCCAGGGCCACAGGGCCAUUCCUAGUCCCCACCUCAAGGGAAGCUUGUGGGGAUGACAAGAACCUCAUUGUCUGAGGCAGAUAGACCUGAGCUUGAACCUCAGCUCUGCCAUUCACAUGUGAGCCUGGUAAGCACUUACCCCGGCGAAGCCCCCAGCUUCUCUACGUGCACUGGCGCAUCACAGCUCAGGGCAGGAUCCUGACGAUGGGCAACGAGGGGUGUAAAGCGCCUGACACGUAGUAGGAGCUCAGUGAACAGUGGCUACUCUCACUCCACCCAGGCCCUGGGGCUCCCCGAGUCUCCUUCCUCACCAGCCUGGCUACACAAGAUCCCCUCAGUCCCUGUUAUCAGAGGCAAAUACUGAUCAGUCAUCUACUGUCCCACAGGGAACACCAGGGGAUAAAAUGGAGACUGUGCCCUGCCUUCAGGUGCCCAUAGCCUGCACGCUCUCCUAGUCCCACCAGGAACCAUCGUCUCAGUCUCCUCCUGCCUCCACCCUUGCCAUCGGUCCCACAGCUGACCCAUCACCAUGGCAGCCCUGAUUGCAGAGAACUUCCGCUUCCUGUCACUCUUCUUCAAGAGCAAGGAUGUGAUGAUUUUCAACGGGCUGGUGGCACUGGGCACAGUGGGCAGCCAGGAGCUGUUCACUGUGGUGGCUUUCCACUGUCCUUGCUCACCAGCCCGGAACUACCUGUACGGGCUGACAGCCAUCGGGGUGCCCGCCCUGGCCCUCUUCCUCAUCGGCGUCAUCCUCAACAACCACACCUGGAACCUGGUUGCCGAGUGCCAGUACCGGAGGACCAAGAACUGCUCGGCUGCCCCCAACUUCCUCCUCCUAAGCUCCAUCGUGGGCCGUGCGGCCGUGGCCCCCGUCACCUGGUCUGUCAUCUCUCUGCUGCGCGGUGAGGCCUACGUCUGUGCUCUCAGCGAGUUCGUGGACCCCUCUUCACUCACAGCCGGGAAAGACAGCUUCCCGCUGGCCCAGGCCACAGAAAUCCUGGCCAAGUUCCCAUGUGGGGAGGGUCCUGCCAACCUGUCAGGCUUCCGGGAGGAGGUCAGCCGCAGGCUCAAGUAUGAGUCCCAGCUCUUCGGGUGGCUGCUCAUCGGCGUGGUGGCCAUCCUGGUGUUCCUGACCAAGUGCCUCAAGCACUGCUGCUCACCACUCAGCUACCGCCAGGAGGCCUACUGGGCGCAGUACCGGGCCAACGAGGACCAGCUCUUCCAGCGCACGGCCGAGGUGCACUCGCGGGUGCUGGCCGCCAACAACGUGCGCCGCUUCUUCGGCUUUGUGGCGCUCAACAAGGAUGACGAGGAGCUGGUUGCCAAGUUCCCUGUGGAAGGCACACAGCCGCGGCCACAGUGGAACGCCAUCACUGGCGUCUAUCUGUACCGUGAGAACCAGGGCCUCCCACUCUACAGCCGCCUGCACAAGUGGGCCCAGGGUCUGGUGGGCAACGGCACGGCACCCGACAACACAGAGAUGGUCCUGCUCGCCUCCUGAGGGUCCUCUUUCCAUACUCUUUGCCAGUGACACUACUUGGUCCCAAACUAAGCCCCAGUGCUUGCUCACAUCAGCAUGAGUGGACUUCUUCUUUUCUUUUUUUUUUUUUUUGGCCACGUUUGGCUUGUGGGAUCUUAGUUCCCCUACCAUGGACUGAACCCGCCCCCUCAGCAGUGAAAGCAGAGUCCCAACUACUGGAGAGCCAGGGAAUUCCCCAGAGCGGAUUUUUUUUAACCAUAGCUUUUGGGGGAAACAGGCAGAAAAAAGGAACACAAAGUAAAACUGGGGUGCAGAUGUGAGAGCUAGUAGACAAUGCGGUCGGCUCUGGCAGGAAGGCUCUCAGACCUGAAGAAGUUCCCUCUCCUGUUGCCACCAGCCAGCUGGUCAACAGCUUUGGAGAAAAGACCCUUUCCCAGAACUGGUCCUUAAUUAACUAUGACGUGGAUGACCUUUGACUGGUGGGACCCAGUCCCACCAGCCUGAGAACUCAGUCCCACCAGUCUGGGAAGCCCUGGCAAGCAGAGCCAGGUGACAGUGAAACUCACCAGCAGGCUCCUUGUGCAGAACACUGUGCAGUUCACUUGUGUGUAACUUCAUAUGGACACCUGGCUCAGUGCUGCUCAGCUGGGAAGCAGCCCUCCAAUG